AUGCGCUUCAUCGACACCGCUACUCUGGCUCUGGCCGCCGGUUCUACCGCUUCAGCGAGCACCCUCAAGCCUCGGGCUGCCGCUAUCGACCAACUCGUUGGCUAUGGUGCAGGAACCACCGGUGGAGGAUCUGGCGCCGGCACCACCGUUACCACUUGCGCUGCGCUGACCGCAGCUGCAAAGAACGGCGGCGUGAUCAAGAUCUCCGGAACCCUCGACAACUGCGGCAUUGUCAAGCUGACGUCCAACACUUCCCUUCUUGGUGUGGGUUCCAGUGCUGCUAUCACCAACGGCGGCUUGCAGAUCAGGAAGGUCUCGAACGUCAUCGUCAGGAACAUCAAAUUUCACCUCGCCCCCGAAGGCAAGGACCAAAUCGACAUUGAUGCGAGCACCAAGAUCUGGAUCGACCACAACGACUUCUCCAGCGCGGGCAUCACCGGGGACAAGGACACAUAUGAUGGCUUGUUGGACGCAAAGCACGGCGCCGACUCCAUUACUGUCUCCUGGAACAAGUUCCACGACCACUGGAAGGGCUCGCUCGUCGGCCACUCCGACUCCAACGCCGCAGAAGACACCGGCCACCUCCACGUCACAUACCACCACAAUCUCUUCCAGCAAGUGAGCUCGCGUCUGCCCUCGAUCCGUUUCGGAACCGGCCACAUCUACAGCAGCUGCUACAUCAACAACCCAACCUCUGGUGUCCACUCGCGCAUGGGUGCGCAGGUCCUGGUCGAGCAGUCGUCGUUCACGGACACCAAGCGUGCGAUCAUUACCAACCUCGACUCUGAUGAGGAUGGUUAUGCGAUACAGAAGAACAACAUUUUCACCAACAGUGAUAUUAGCAUUACGCAGACUGGUAGCUUGACGAUUCCGUACUCGUACACUACGGAUGCUGCGAGCGGUGUUUGCGCAAUUGUUAAUAAGAGCGCUGGUGUCGGUGUCGUAACAUUCUAA